GAAGUGCCCUGGACUCUGCCACCCGCUGGGCCCCCGGAUCGGCGGUGACGGGUGGGGGGAAGUUCGGGCAGCGCGGGCUGGCGGCGGGGGACCGGGAAGGCCGCGAGGCCCGGCGGGGUCGAGGUUCGGAGUUGGCGGGUCCGAGGCCCGGCUGGAGAUGCGGAAUCAGAAGCUCGGAGAGGUGAAGUGACCUCCCCGAGGCCGCACAGCUCCUAAGUGUGACUGAAUUGGAAAGCUGGAGCGUCUGGUUCCAAAUCCGUGCCAAGUUCCAGGAAACAACAGGAGAGGGGCAAGUUAACAGGCCACCGGAGUGACCGGCUGUUUGGAAGUGAAACACUGCCGAAGGGGGAGCGGAGAGUGAGGGCCAGGCUCCGCGGGGUCAGCUGUAUCUGCACCCAGUGCUGAGUUUGUUCUGUGUGGGACAUGCUGAUGGUGGAGACGGUGUCCGGGGCCAGGGGCCCAUUUACAGGGGCCCACAUUGGCCCCCAGUUUUCAGCCUUAGGUGUGAACCAGACCCCCACGGAAGACGUGAGCAUCCAGUGUCGUGACGUGUGUGGCCUGAACAUCUCUGACCGCUGUGACUUCGUCCGGACCACCCCUGACUGCCGCAGCCAAGGGGGUUACCUGAACUACCUCGAGGGCAUCUUCUGCCACUUCCCACCUAACCUCCUCCCUCUGGUCAUCACCCUCUAUGCUUUCUGGCUACUUUACCUGUUUCUGAUUCUGGGAGUCACCGCGGCGAAGUUUUUCUGCCCUAACUUGUCAGCCAUUUCCACCGCGCUCAAGCUCUCCCACAACGUGGCAGGCGUCACCUUCCUGGCCUUCGGGAACGGCGCACCCGAUAUCUUCAGCGCCCUGGUGGCUUUCUCGGAUCCGCGCACAGCCAGCCUGGCCUUCGGGGCGCUGUUUGGCGCGGGUGUGCUGGUUACCACCGCAGUGGCCGGUGGCAUCGCCAUCUUGCGCCCCUUCACGGCCGCCUCCAGGCCCUUUCUCAGAGACGUUGUUUUCUACAUGGUGGCCGUGUUCCUGGCCUUCACCGCACUCUACUUCGGCAGAGUCACACUGGCGUGGGCCCUGGCUUACCUAGGCUUGUACGUGUUCUAUGUGGUCACCGUGGUUCUCUGCACCUGGAUCUACCAAUGGCAGCGGAGGGCAUCCCUGGUCUACUCCAUGCCAGGCACUCCAGAAAUGCUCUCAGAUUCUGAAGAGGAUCCCGUGUCUUCCAACAGCUAUGACUACAGGUUGGGAGGACCAGGAGGAGCAGAGAGGGUCUCCUGGAGGCUGAGCCAGCCACGGAUACCUGCCCCUCCCCACCUCGUACACCCAGGCGAAGAGUACCGGCCGCUGCUCUUCUACCAGGAGACCACAGUUCAGAUCCUGGCCCGGGCCCUCAACCCCCUGGAUUACAGGAAGUGGAGGAGCAAGUCAGUGUACUGGAGGGCCCUCAAGGUGUUCAAGCUGCCCGUGGAGUUCCUGAUGCUGCUCACCGUCCCCGUCGUGGACCCUGACAAGGAGGACGGGAACUGGAAACGGCCCCUCAACUGCCUGCACCUUGUCAUCAGCCCGCUGGUCUUGGUCCUGACCCUGCAGUCGGGGGCCUAUGGCGUCUAUGACAUAGGUGGCCUGGUUCCUGUCUGGGCCAUCGUGGUGAUUGCGGGGACAGCCAUGGCUGCGGUGACCUUUUUUGCCACAUCCAACAGCGAGCCCCCCAGGCUUCACUGGCUCUUUGCUUUCCUGGGCUUCCUGACCAGCGCCCUGUGGAUCAACGCAGCGGCCACGGAGGUGGUGAACAUCUUGCGGUCCCUGGGAGUGGUCUUCCGGCUGAGCAACACUGUCCUGGGGCUCACGCUGCUGGCCUGGGGGAAUAGCAUUGGAGAUGCCUUCUCAGAUUUCACGCUGGCCCGCCAGGGCUACCCACGGAUGGCGUUCUCAGCCUGUUUCGGCGGCAUCAUCUUGAAUCUGCUGGUGGGAGUGGGGCUGGGCUGCCUGCUUCAGAUCUCCAGGAGCCACGCGGCGGAGGUGAAGCUGGAGCCAGAUGGACUGUUGGUGUGGGUCUUGGCCGGCACCCUGGGCCUCAGCCUCGUCUGCUCCCUGGUCUCGGUCCCACUGCAGUGCUUCCGGCUGAACAAAGUCUACGGCUUCUGCCUGCUCCUCUUCUACGUGAACUUCCUCGUGGUGGCCCUGCUGACGGAAUUUGGGGUGAUUCACUUGAGAAGUGCGUGAGUGAUGCCACGUGUCCGGGCCGCCUGGUGGCCGGGAGGUGUGACUGCAGGCGGCGAGAGGGACGUCUGGCCUGGGUGGCUGCGAAGGGGGUGGCUGGGGCGGCGGGGACCGCUGCCUCCGCUGGAGGUUCCUGGCUGCCACCUGUGCAGGGAGAAUAGCUAGGCCUUGUUUCUGGGACAUCGGAGACCCAGCUGUGCUGUGCACAGAGCUGCGGACAGAAGGUAGACCUCCUUGGAUUAUCCGUGGAGCCUCUUGGGGGCUGAGUGCCUUCCGGCUGGUGUCGCCACACCAACGGAGUGUUCUAGGGCCUGUAGUCAUGCCCUGCUGCCUUCCUGCAUCUUCUCCUGAGGGCUCACUCACACUGCUGCCAAACCUGGGCUUAGGGUGUCAGGGCGACUCAGAUGGCGGGCAGCGCACAGGGGGCGUCCGGCCGUCCCGGGCUGCGUCCUAGAGCUGCACCGUCCGACAGAAACGGAACGUGAGACGCAUACCGAAUUUUGAAAUUUCUAGUCGCCACGUUAAUAAAAGCCAAAAGAAACCGGCCCUAUAUUAUAUGUAUUAUUCAGUUGCUCCAAAAUAGCAGCGAUGGCGCUGGCCCCGUCAUGGCCGCCAUAUUGGACGGCACAGCUCUGGCCUCUACCUCUCGACUGUCCACUGGCUGUUGGCAGACUCCCCUGUGCCCUGAACCUCGGGCUUCCCUAGCUGUGAAGCAGGCAUCAGCCGGACUGUGCCCUGUCCUACCUCGGGGGGAGCCCAGGGCCGGGGUUCCAAUUCCUGGAAGCUCCAGGGAGGACAGAGAGAGUGCUCUGCAGUGCCUUCCUGCUGUCAGCUACGGACCUGCCUUUUCAAGGAGCAACUGUUCAGUUUGCCCAACUGCCUUCUGUCAGCAGCUGCAGCAAAGCAAUUUGACUGUCUUUUUUUUCCCCAGUGAAAGAAAAUGAUUAAAUAUUUCAAGCGUACAGAAAGCAGCACACCCAUC